UGAACCGCGGGGACAAGAGAACAGACAAGAGGUGAGACGUGGGGAGAGAAAGAGGAUAGAAGAAAAGGGUAACAAAAAGAGACAGAAAACAGAUAACCAAGAAAAGCACACCGGGAAAACGUGAGGUUGUACUGUUUGAUAAUUACGUGUCUCGUGGCACUUGAUGCUUUUGUCUUUACCAUAGUCAGAGGCCUCCAUUGUGAUACAUACAUUGGGGGAAGCCUCGGUGGCCCGUCGCGAGAGACAGUGGAGAUCGGAAGCUGAAAAGGGAUUCCAGAAGUGAACGUGAUUAAAUUACUCGAACUGAACAUACCAGAAAAUCGUAGAAAAGAAACUUAUAGUCAAAAGAAGACAGUGUAAAGUGUGAAUGACCUUUAAUGAGUGAGGGAAUAUCCCUGCAUUGGCGUGAGAGGAGAUCCCUCUAGAGAAAUAAUAAAACAAACGUACAAAAACAGUUAAAUCAGCAACCCAAAGUGCGUGGAGAAGGCAGGAAAAGAUGUCAGGAAGGCGGAAAGUGUCAGCCGAGUGGAAGAAGAGAGUGAAGAGCGAGUACACGCGGUUAAGGUCCCUCAAGAAGUUCAAACGGGCUGACGAGAUCAAGGCGGCGUGGAACCAGAACAGGGCUCACCUCAAUGAGUUACUGGAGCAGGAAGACCAGACAAUGAUAGGGAUGGGGCCAGUGUGGGUGUGCUCCGUGGAGGCCCCCCCUCACCAGGCAGUCAUGAGGAGAACCCAUGUGACCUCCUCCUGCUCUGAGCCCCUCUCUGUCCCCAUCAGGACCAUCAGCGCUGUUAAUCCCAUACCCACCAUGUACACUUGGGCCCCACUUCAGCAGAAUUUCAUGGUUGAAGAUGAGACUGUCUUGCACAAUAUCCCAUACAUGGGUGAUGAAGUGCUUGACCAAGAUGGCAAAUUCAUUGAGGAACUGAUACGCAAUUAUGACGGAAAAGUUCAUGGAGACCGAGAGACUGGAUUUAUUGAUGAUGAGAUAUUUGUGGAGCUUGUUGAUACUCUUGUACAGCAGUAUCAGAAGAAAGAAGAGAAGAAAGAAAAGCCGGAACGAAGAUCUAGCAUCAGGAAAGAGAACAAAACAAAGGAAAAAGAUGAUGAUGAAGAAGAUGAGGAAGAAGAAGAAGAGGAGGAGGAGGAAGAGGAAGAUCAGGAAGAAGAGGAAGAUCUUGAUGCACAGAAAGAGGAGGAUGGAACGGACAGUUCGAGUUCUGUAGGGAAGAGGGACUUCCCGUGCUUCGCCAUCUUCCAAGCCAUUUCAGCACUGUUUCCAGACAAGGGCUCACCAGAGGAACUCAGAGAAAAGUAUGAUUAGACAGUAAAACACUAGAGUUUCAUGUAGUCAGGGUAA